AUGGUCUUUGUCAUUGCCGGCUACUUCUUGACCAACGACCAGAUGGCCACCUUCGGUGCUAAGCGUGGUUUUGACAACCCCGACGGCCAUGCCUAUAUUCUGAACCGCUGGUUCCGAUCUAAAGGAUACACAGCUGUGGAAGCAGUGCCUGUCGCAUUACGCCACAGGCUCCCUGACAGCACGGGACAGGCUGUUUGCGGGACGUUAAUCUAUAAAUCGAACAACGACUCCCAGCGUAUGGCGUAUCUCAGGGACUGCAGGCCAUUGGUGCCAGAUGACGGCGACAAGGAAAUUGGAGCGUGGCUGCAGCGACAUGGGAUAAACGCCGUGUGGGAGACGGUUCCAGAUCCAUACGGGAAGUUCAAAGAUGAUUAUACUUGGUCGUCGCAGCAGGAGCUCUUAGAGUGA